UUAGAAACAAAACUAAUGGGAAUUCGUAUUGAGAAACUGCAUACCCCUAAAAGAUCAACAAAUGUUUAUGCAGUUACCAUCAACCGCCGCGUUAUCACAACCACAGUCACCUCAUCUCGCACUGUCCUUUCUUCGUGGAUCGAAGACCAUCUUCAAGCCCCAAACAGGCGUCAGCGGAAGGUUGUUGGCCUUGACAUUGAAUGGCGACCGAGUUUUACCCGUGGUGUUACGAACCCUGCUGCCAUCAUACAACUUUGCAUUAAGAACUGUUGCCUCAUCUUCCAACUCUACCAAGCUUCCUCUAUUCCCAGAUGCCUUUACAUGGCCCUGGAGAACCCAAACAUAACUUACACUGGAGUGAAAAUAUCUGGCGAUGCGAAGAAGCUCGAGGAAGAUUAUGGGCUAGAGGUUGCAUAUUUUGCAGAUGUUGCAGCAAUGGCAGCUGAGGAGUUCGGUCAAAAGGAGUUCAGAAGGGCGGGGCUGAAGACUUUGGUGGAGUUACUUACUGGAGAAGAUAUGGAGAAGCCAAAACAUGUUGCCUUAAGUAACUGGGAGGUCAAGGAACUUACUUGUGCUCAAGUGAAGUAUGCUUGUGUUGAUGCAUACUACUCCUAUAGGUUGGGGAAGUGGAUGAUUUCUGGCAAGUGGUAA